CAGCACAGGCCUCCUCAUAGGACACGUGACUUUGCUCUUUUCCGUUUUGUGGAAAGAGUCAUUAACAGGAGUCGAUACCAGCUUUAAUAGCAAGACAUCAUGGAGAAAAGGAUAAGCUGUGGUGCGCGGACAUCUACAAAUUGUGAUAACCCUUUGGAAGCACUGAAUCCUGCUCACCCAGCUCCAGGAGCUGUGCAAAUGAGAAUCAAAAAUGCCAACAGCCACCACGACAGGCUGAGCCAAACUAAAUCCAUGAUCCUCACCGAUGCUGGGAAGGUCACUGAACCUAUUUCCCGGCACAGAAGGAAUCAUUCACAGCAUGUCUUGAAAGAUGUCAUUCCACCACUAGAACAUCAAAUGGUUGAAAAAGAAGGGUAUCUUCAAAAAGCCAAAAUUGCAGAUGGAGGAAAGAAGCUGAGGAAAAACUGGUCUACGUCCUGGAUUGUUCUUUCUGGUCCAAAGAUUGAAUUUUACAAAGACGCCAAGCAGCAAGCUCUCCCCAACAUGAAAGCCAGGCACAAAGCAGAAUGCGUGGACUUGCGUGGUGCACAUAUAGAAUGGGCCAAGGAAAAAUCAAGCAGGAAGAGUGUCUUUCAGAUCACAACAGCAUCAGGAAAUGAGUUCCUUCUCCAGUCAGAUAUUGACUUCAUCAUAUUGGAUUGGUUCCAUGCUAUCAAAAAUGCAAUUGACAGAUUGCCGAAGAAUCCGAGUUGCCAGUCCCUGGAGUUGUUCAAUCUCCAGAGAUCCUCAAGUACUGAACUGCUGAGUCAUUGCCACGGUGAUAGAAAAGAACAGAAACCAGAGAACAGGAAGUCUUUCAUGUUCCGGCUGCAUCACAGCGCUUCUGAUACAAGUGAUAAGAACCGUGUGAAGAGCAGACUCAAGAAGUUCAUCUCCCGAAGACCUUCUCUGAAAACUUUGCAAGAAAAGGGUCUCAUUAAAGAUCAAACUUUUGGCUCUCAUCUGCACACAGUGUGUGAACGGGAACAUUCCACAGUUCCAUGGUUUGUGAAGCAGUGCAUUGAAGCUGUUGAAAAACGAGGCCUAGAUGUUGAUGGAAUAUAUCGAGUUAGCGGCAAUCUGGCAACAAUACAGAAGUUAAAAUUUAUUGUCAACCAAGAAGAGAAGCUGAAUUUGGAUGACGGCCAGUGGGAGGACAUCCACGUCGUCACCGGAGCACUGAAGAUGUUUUUCCGGGAGCUGUCUGAGCCACUCUUCCCUUACAGUUUCUUUGAGCGGUUUGUGGAGGCGAUCAAAAAACAAGACCAUAAUGCAAAAAUUGAAGCUAUAAAGUCUCUGGUAAAAGAUCUCCCUCCACCAAAUCAUGACACCAUGAAAAUCCUCUUUGGACAUCUGACUAAGAUAGUGGCCAGAGCCUCCAAGAAUCUCAUGUCCACGCAGAGCUUAGGGAUUGUAUUUGGACCCACCCUUCUGCGAGCUGAAAAUGAGUCGGGGAACAUGGCGAUUCACAUGGUAUACCAGAACCAGAUAGCGGAGUUCAUGCUGAACGAGUAUGAUAAGAUCUUCAACUCAAAGGAAGACUGACAGACCAGACAAGCCACUGAGUGUGUUCACAUCUGUCUUGAUGCCUAAUAUUUUUACAUUUCUGUAAACAUAUUUCUGAAAUAUUUUUUUCCUUCCAAGCGACAGAUGCUUCAUUUUGUGAAAACUUCGUGAUGAUUUUGUAUCUAAGUUCCAAACAUUUGAAUAAAAUAAAUGACAAUAUUUUCCUAUAUGUGUUCUACAUUAACCCUUUGAGUGUUGCUCCCCUUAGCAUUCUAGGAAUACAUCGUAAAUGUCUCACACUCUUAAAUAGUGUGUACAAGACAGCACCAAUGCAUAGCUCUACUACUGAACCUUGGCAUCAUGUGUGUGCUGGUGUGUGUGCAGAUUUGUGAGCAUGCAGAGAAACUGUGGGUAAGAUUGAGAGUAUGGACAUGUGUACCCUAUCAAGAUCCAUGUGCACCAAUGCAUCAGCUGUGUCCCCACAUGCCUAAGUACCACGGAAAGAACACUAGCAAUACGAAGGCAUCUCUGUUCUCAAUCAAAAUAGAGUAAUUUCAUCUUUCAACUGUACAGCCCAGUGAUCGUCAGCGAUGGGUGAGCUUUGCAAAUACAACAUGCUGAGUGGUAGCUUUUCUGAAGAACAAAAGGACAGUUCAAGAGAUUUGUUUGGACUGUUCUUUCUUUGUGGGUAAAAACUAUUUUGGUUCCACAAACAUACGAUUUUGUAAAUUAAAUGGAUUGAUCUUUAUUUUACACAAGGAUUGCACUGCUGUUCCACGUUGGUUCUUCAUCAAAUUGUGUAUCUUCCCUUUCCCCGGCUAUGCCAUUUUAUGUAGAAUUUUUAAUAAGUUUUGAAAGCUAUUUUAUUGGGGAGUUAUACUAACUCCAGCUAAAAAGAACUAUUUUUAAAUGCUUGUACUAUUAUGCCCUAAGGAUUCCUUGACUAGACUCAUUUUAUUUUACCAUUUGAUGGUUAUUUUCAAUUGUGAUUGAUUCAAUGAAGGGAUAACUGUCUAGAAUACAUCAAACAUUGCUGUAUUUUGAAAAGUUUGUUCUAGUUGAACACAUCUCAUGCCGGUUUAUGAAAGAGUUCUGCUGAUAAAAAUGUAGACUUAUGUUUGACAGCUUUUUAAUAAACUCAAAUGGAAUGAAUAAAGCUAAUCCAGUGUGAUAAGAAAGUC